AUGGAGGCACAAUUGGCUAAGGAUGUUCGGCCAUUCAAUUUUAUGACACCAAUGAGGAUGAUUAGGGAUGCAAUUUUGGGAUUGGGUAGUCCUGCUUCCAUAUUGGUGUCAGAGGGGGCGAACACAAUUAAUGUUGGUCGGGCUGUGUUGAUUCAGACGAAGCCGAGGAGUAGGUUGGAUGCCGGGACUUGGGGGACAAUGGGGAUGGUCUGGGAUAUUGCAUUGCUGCGACAAUGGAUUCACUUGGUCGGCUUGUGGUUUCUGUUGAAGGGGUCUCUGGAUUUGGGUUUUGUUCCAUGGAAGUUGAGGUUUGUUCCCUUGCCAAAUAUUAUUGUUCAUUUAGUGCUAAUUGAUAACCCAACACUCGUGGACUUUGCCUUAUCCGUUCAAUUAUGA